GUGAACAGGGCCGAGCAGGGGAACCGGCGUCCGAGGUCGGGAGCGGGGCGCGGGUCCAGGUCUCCGGCAGAGGCCGCUGCAGCCGCCGCGGGACGCUGCGUCACUGAACUGCGUGGCUUUCUCGUCGCACCUCCGUGCCGCCCGUCACCUGCAGCCUAUCUGAAGAAUUAGUACCACAAAGAAAACCUGAUGAGACCUCUUCAGAUUGGUACAAGCCGAUUAAUCUCCCAGCUGUGUUGUGGACACAAGCCUCUAGCCUAUCCGCAAAGCAAGAUUUGCCUAAUAAUGGCUCGUCCAAGCUCCAAUAUGGCAGAUUUUCGGCAGUGCUUUGCAAGCGCCAAGCACAUAGUCAUCAUCUCUGGGGCUGGCAUUAGUGCUGAAAGUGGGAUUCCCACGUUCAGAGGACCUGGCGGCUAUUGGAGGAAGUGGAAAGCCCAGGAACUGGCCACCCCCGAGGCCUUUGCCCGCAACCCCUCACGGGUGUGGGAGUUCUACCACUACCGGCGCGAGGUCAUCCUGACCAAGGAGCCCAACCCCGGGCACCACGCCAUCGCUGAAUGUGAGGCCCGGCUGAGCAAGCAGGGCCGCCGGGUCAUGGUCAUCACCCAGAACAUCGAUGAGCUACACCAAAGGGCUGGCACCAAGAACCUGUUAGAGAUCCACGGUACCAUAUUUAAAACUCGGUGUACUUCUUGUGGAUCUGUGGUUAAGAAUUACAAGAACCCAAUCUGUCCAGCUUUAUCAGGAAAAGGUGCUCCUGAACCUGAAGCUGAAGAUUCCAAAAUCCCACUUGAAGAACUUCCCAGGUGCGAAGUGGCGGGGUGCGGGGGCCUGGUGCGACCCCACGUGGUGUGGUUCGGAGAAAACCUGGAUCCCGCCGUUCAGGAGGAGGCUUCCAGAGAGCUGGCGCUCUGUGACUUGUGUCUAGUGGUGGGGACUUCCUCUGUGGUCUACCCAGCCGCAAUGUUUGCUCCCGAGGUAGCGGCCAGGGGAGUGCCAGUGGCCGAGUUUAACACGGAGACCACCCCAGCCACCAAGAGAUUCAGGUUUUAUUUCCAGGGACCUUGUGGGACAACUCUUCCUGAGGCCCUUGCUCGUCAUGAAACUGAAACUAUUUAAGUGUCCUUGGAGAGGAAGAAAGAACCACGCCACAAACAGGAGAAACAGUCUGUGGAUGGUAAGACCAGAAGAUCUAAACCUUCUGAUUCCUUGGCUGGAAUCCAACUAUUGCUAAAUUACUGAGAUUAGAAGAAGUCAGACAAAUAUAAAAUUAAUGUAUGUUUGUUAUGUGCUGAAAUGUGCCUUACAUUUGUCUUUGCUUAUUGAGAGGGAAAAAUCUGUAAUGAGAUUGUCUUUAAAACAUUAAUUAUCCUGAUGUAUUUUUCUCUGUGGAAAAGAUAGAAGGGUAAAAACCUGGCAUUCAAUUCUGAUUUUUGCACCAGUAUUGAUAGAAAAUGAGAUCACUGUCUACAGUAGGGAAUUUAUUAUAUAAAGAUGUUACCCCAAAAGAUACCUUUUUAAGGGCC